AUGGCGCGAUCAAAUUGGAUUCCGCCGACGCCUCCUGACCCGAAUACUCUUACAAAUCCCCCACCUUUCGCGCCCUUCCCACUCAAGCAGCUGCGUGCUGGCAAGGUCAAGAAAUUUGGCCCAUUUCAGUCCGCCAUUUUCAAGACACCCUUGUCAGGCCCUAUUGAGAUUACUAUGGGUGGCAUCAAGGGCGAUGAGCAUGCCUAUGAAGCUCACAGAAGCCCGGACAACGCUCUCCUCCAUUACUGCACCACACAUUACGAUGACUGGAAAAAGGAGCUGCCUGCGUCAGAAUCUCAUUUCAAGCCGGGCGCUUUUGGAGAAAACUUCUUCAACGACGAAGUCAGUGAGAAGACGCUUUGCAUUGGCGAUCGCAUCGCCAUUGGUGAGGUUGUCGUGGAGGUUACCGAGCCGCGAGGGCCAUGCUACAAGCUAAACCACCGGUUCGAAGUCAAAGACAUGGCGAAGAGAACGCAAACGCUGUUCAGAACAGGCUGGCUGUACCGCAUCAUCAAGCCUGGCUUCGUACAAGCUGGGGACAUGAUUCGACUGCUGGAACGCCCGUAUCCGGAGUGGACGAUUGCGAGAGUCAUGUACUAUUUGUUCAUCGACACAAAAGAUCUGGAAAUGAUGAAAGAAAUUGUGAAAAUCGGGCCAUUGAGCGCUGAUGUCAAGAAUAAGUUCCAAAAGCGACUGGCCACCGGCACGCCAGAAGAUCAGAACGGGAGAAUGUAUGGUGAAGAGUCGGACAAGAUGGACGCAUGGAACGAGUAUUGCCUCGUAGAAAAGAGACAGGAAACGAGCAGAGUCACAGCAUUCGUUUUCGAAGCCGUCGACGACAUUGCAAACCCAUCGCCAGUAGAGCCCGGCAGUCAUGUCCGACUCAAGCUAGGUGGGAAGCUCGUCCGUGCUUAUUCUGUCGUCGCCGGAGACUCAAGUCGUUUUGAACUCGGUAUCCAGCUUUCUCCAGAGAGUCGUGGAGGGUCUAAGUACAUCCACGAGCAAGCAAAGGUUGGCGACGUCCUGAUUGUGGGACGCUUUACCGCGAGUUUUCCCCUAGCGACUGACGCAGAUGAACAUGUUAUCAUCUCUGCAGGUAUUGGUAUCACGGCCUUCUUGCCCGCAUUCAAGUACCUGCAGCAGACGAACCAGAAGUUUCAUCUGCACUAUGCGCACACAGGAGAAGUGCCUUACGCAUCGCAGAUUGAUGCGCUUGGGUCCAACGCUACUAUCUACGACAAAACCCAAAGCCAAAGGCUGGACGUCGACAAGAUCAUCUCGCGCACGCAGGAUCGCUCGCACAUCUAUACUUGUGGUCCAGAACGUUUGAUGGACGAUGUCGGGAACACGGCAAAGAAAUACGGCGUUCCCGAAGCAUGCGUCCAUCUCGAGCAAUUCACGGUCACAACAUCCGGCGACCCAUUCACAGUCGAGCUGAAGGAAAGUAAAAAGACGCUAGAGGUUGGCGCCUCACAAUCGCUGCUCGAUGCAUUGAAGGCUAUCGGGAUGGACAUUGACAGUUCUUGCGAAGUCGGCAACUGCGGGACGUGUAAGGUUGCCGUCUGCUCUGGAAGAAUCGAGCAUAGAGGCACGGGGCUCAUGGAAGAUGAAAAAGCUGAUGCGAUGCUGAGCUGUGUCAGUAGAGGUGUCGGUACCAUUAUAUUGGAUCUGUAG